AUGGCGGGCACAUCAUCCUGUUCAGUGCCAUGGUGGGCAAGAAUUGAGGGGGUGGUGUGCAUGACCUUUGCACUCCUGCUGUUUCCUGCUCUCGCCUAUAUCGUCGGCGUAUUCGGCAUCAUAAUCGUGUACUGUGUUACUUUGGGCUGCAUCGCACUCCUCUACGCCGCUCAAGUAUUUCUUAAUCGCUCUGCGAAUACCUCAAAUCCACAUGAGGGCCGGACCUCGGCUCCUUACUCCAUCAAGGGGCGUCACGUAUUAAUCACGGGUGGAUCGAAGGGAAUUGGACAUGCUAUCGCCAUUGAGGCGGUACAAAAGCAAGCAAAAAUUAUCACAUUGGUGGCUCGAGAUGCUGAGACACUCCGGGAAGCACAAACCAAGUGCUUGGAGGAAGCGGACAAACUGGGAACAGCAGUCGUUGUCCAGACAGUUCCAGCGGACUUAGUGAAUAGCACGGCAGCCAUUGAAUGCUUGGAUAUCGCGGCUUCUAUGAAGGGCAACCUAAAGACAUCCGCGGCCUGCAGCAGCUUAAAGGAAACCCAGGAGGAUGCGCCGAUUGAGGUAUUUUUCUGCAACGCAGCUGACGUGGAUCCUCGGCCUUUCUGUGCUAUGGGAACGAGCAACAUCAGUAGAUGUGUUGCAAUGAAUAUGUGCACCCCAUUCUUGCAAGUUAAGCAUUUACUGCCAUCCAUGAUUCAACGCCGUUUUGGGGCUAUCUGUUUCACGAAUAGCUUGACGACCUUCGUGCCGAUUUACGGAUUUUCAACAUACAGUGCAACAAAAGCAGCUUUGAAGGCCUUCGCCGAGGUGAUUAAUCAGGAAGUUGCCGGUAUGGGCAUUCUCGUUGCAAAUGCGUUUUUGCCGAGUGUGAACACUCCGGGAUAUCAACGGGAGAAGCAGGUUCGGCAUAGGCUUACUGAGAUCCUCGAGGAGACGUCUAAAAUCAAGCAGCCUGAAGAGGUUGCGGAGCGGCUUGUCGCCCAUUUAGAAGCAGGUCAUCGCAUUAUCACUGUGGACUUUGAGGGUUGGGUCUGCGCGCGCCUAAACGCUGGUUUUUCAAGAGCGGAGUCCCUAGCCAGUUUAUUUUACGAAUUCCUUCUCAGCGGCAUUUUCCGCAUUGUUAGUCUAGCAUUGUUUCUCCAGUUCUUCUCUAUUAUCACCCGGGAGCAGCCUGCUACUUUGCGAAGAAGCAAAAUUGCAUGA